AUGUCUUUCUUUCUCGCCCAAUCCCCUCGAUGCAACGCCGUUGGCUUGUUCAGGUCCUUCGCAAAGGGAGCUGCUGUUGUCUUUAUUGCCACAUGGCUCUUCCACUUUGAAAACCUGGCAGAUCUCAAGUUUUUUGGAGAGCAAGUCCUCCCUUUUGGCCUUGGAUUUCCGCUGCGAAUGUACUUUUCCCUCUUUGCGGCGGAAGACAAGCUCUUGAUUCUUCCUUGUGAUCAGCUCACAAACUACAAACUCCUUCAAACGACACAAAACCCAAUCUUGUUCAAGAAAUGUGUUCCUAACCCUGACAAGCUCACGGUGAAAAAAGACUUUGUUACCUUUGCCAAUUCCUCUACCAACAUCUUUCCGACCUGUGGAGAAACCAAAGUGGUUCGCCACUUCAACUACACGUCCCUGCAAGGUGACAAGAAAGACAUUGAGGAAAUGAUCCCUUGUGCAUCCUCGACCUUACAAGAGAAGAUUCAUUUCUUCGAACAUCACCGGCCCCUGAUUGACGGUCCUUACUCGGACGUCAAUGUCUUUCAUGUUGGGCCGGAUGACACGCUGGCACUGGAAACAGAUUUCAAGGCCAAGAACUUUGUACCAAGGACUUUUUCGUUCCGUCAGUUAGCGCCCACUGUCGCUUUGGCCCACUUUUUUGGUUCGGGUACAACACCCGUCGACUACUUUCACUCGCACAUGGAUCGUUUCUUCUCCUUUGGGAUCCAAAAGACAAAGGUGUGGGAGCUCAUCAACCCAAAAUAUCAUGAAAGUUUUGAUUAUGUUUGGAGUGGUAACGCUCUGAUCCUUACCAAGGAAAAGGAACGUGUUCCCCGUGUUGUGGUCGAACAAGAGCCUGGAGACAUACUGUUCAUGGCUCCAUGGUGGUUUCACAAAACUCGAUACAGCGAUCCUUCCAAGACACUUCAGACCAAGAACCUCAAUUUCAACUUGCAUAUCAUGACAACGCGUUCUGUGGCUGGCUUGGGGUGCAUGGUUUUCAUGAACUGGCUCAAGACGCCCACUUGGUUCUAUGCUUCCGAUACCAACAAGAGAGAUUUUGAAACACAUGGGUUGGCAUAUCAACACGAGGCAUCUGAUCGCGGAGGGAUGAACUCUGGGUCUUUUGUGGAGCUUGCGUAA